UCGCCACAUUGGCCAAUGUGGCGUGUCGGUGGAGUUGUGUGUCAUCUACUGGGGGAAAGCGUCAGUGUAUUGCUGCAAGUGUUGUACUACAGCUCGCACAUUGGUGUCAUUCAACUGUGCCGGCUUGUGCAUCAAUCAUCCCCUGGACUAAUUAAUCGAAGCUCGAGGAUGGUUGCAAUCAAGGGAAGAAAGUCGUCGAAUAAGAAUCCACCAAUUCUCAGUCAUGAAUUCAUCAUUCGGAAUCAUGCUGACAUCGUGUCGUGUGUGGCGAUGGUUUUCGUGGUUGGGUUGAUGGUCCAGGUGACAUCCCCCUGGGCGUACACCUUCAUCGCCCUCCACCACAAUGUCUCGGAGACAGCAGAGCCAGAUGCUCCCUGGCAGCCCCAGAAAUACACAACAGGCUGGAAGGACGCCUGUGCAGUAUUCUUUUACUUCCUCAUAACCAUCGUGAUGCACGCUGUAAUCCAGGAGUAUGUCCUGGACAAACUGUCGAAGCGUCUCCACCUGAGUAAGAUAAAACUAGCCAAGUUCAACGAGUCCAGCCAGCUCCUGGUGUUCUACGUGCUGUCAGCCAUCUGGGGCAUCGACAUUAUCAUUAGAGACAAUCUGGUCCUGGAUAUUUCCUCCUACUGGCUGAACUACCCCAGCUUGAUGUCCUUCCCUCUGAAGCUCUUCUUCGUUGGACAGCUGGCUUACUGGCUUCACUGCUAUCCUGAACUCUACUUCCAGAAGAUCAAGAGGGAGAGCAUUCCCAAGGUCGUCGUCGAGGCCACUCUUGGAUUUGCCUUUACACUGGCUGGGUAUCUUCUCAACUUCCAACAUUUUACGAUUAUUCUUCUGGUUCUCCACUUCGUUGGAGAUGCUCUACAGCAUGGGGCUCGUCUCAUUCAUAUUGUUUAUCGCAGGGAACAAACAACAAAGCUGGCUUUCGGCCUCGCAAAUGCUGUCUACAUCUUCUCCAGAAUCUUGACAAUCCUCUGCGCUCUUCUCUUCUACGUCUACGGUCUCAGCCAAGUGGAAAGCACCCUUAACAUCUCAGCAGGUGUCUUCAACAUCCCAGCGAUAAGAUUUUCAGCCUUUGGUGCUGUUGCCCUCUUCCAGGCGUACCUCAUGUACGCAUUCAGCAAGAGGCAGAUCCAGCGAGCACGUGAGAAUGGUGGACCAGUGGUAGCCAAGGCCAAGCCCAAGCAGCAGAAGCCCAAGAAGAAGGAGGGCAAGAAGUCAGCUGCCUCUGAGGACGAUGACCUUCCAGAAGUGGAUCAGGCGACCAAGAAGAAUCUGCGAUCGCGAUCAGUGAAGGCUAAAUAAUUUUUCUCGAGCUGAUGGCUUCACCUCAGAGAGAAUCACCCGGGGGAGAGUGACAACUAGGUUGGAUUCAGAAUGAAAGAAUAUGCUUUCAAUUGUCCUGGAUCAGUCUCCAUAUUCGCCAAUAGAGCAUCCCCAAUUUUAUUAUUUCGUUGAAUAGAGUGAAAACACAUGGAGGAUUAUCUCACGAGCAUUGAAGCACAAAUUAUGGAACAUCCCAGGGGAAUCAGUUCAGCUUGGAGCUCUCUUACAUCACAAUAUUCAACAUAUUCUUACUCAUACGUGUUACAAAUAAUUUUUAAGGGGCUAUGUGCUCGCCGAAAGGCUGCCAAAAUUGUGUUUUCAUUCCUGCCAACUACCGGACUUCUAUUAUUUAUUUUGCAAACAGUGAACUGAGAUUAUAAAUGGAGGUGAAUGCAAUUUAUCGUAGGAAAACGUUAAUAAAACAGGGAGUGGAUGGAAGAAUCAAUUGUCGUGUAAAUAUUGACAGCCAACGGAAUCAGGUCGAGACGAAAUGGCCUAUGCAAUUACAAUUUUAAAUUACAUGGUACUUGAAUUUUAUUGAUCUAAUCACAAUGAGAAAAAUGUAAUGAAUCAAUAAAUUCUUUAUUUUUGAAGUAAAA